AUGACAUUAUUCACACACAACUUAACUAGAUUGGAUCUAUACGAGUGCCAAUUUGAUGUGAGAAUUAAAUUUCCUUCGAGUUUAGAAACUUUAAGAUUCAUAUUUUGUUACCAGCCCGACUUACUUUCGUAUGAAUAUUGGGAUGAACUAACCAAAUUGAAGACCCUAAACAUAGACUGUAAUGGAUUGGAAAACUUGGAAGGAUGGAAACCACCGCCAAAUUUAACACAUUUAUCUUUAAUGGGAAGCAAAUUUGAAGAAUUAAAGCUGACCUGGCCUUUAUUCCUGAGUCCUUCGGUUACUCCAAAACUAAUAGAUCUAGACUUUUCACAUAUAAGUUUAUGUGAGAUUGACAGUGAUAUUCAGCUACCGCCAUGUUUGGAAAUACUACAUUUAUCUGAAGAAAGAAUAUCAGAAGACUUAUUAUUUCCUGCAAGUUUUAAGAAACCAUCUUUAUUUAUUACUUAUUAA